CGACCUUCCCAAAUGUUACGUCCCGCCAAUCAUUUGCACACUGAGGCGAUGGACACGGGUCGUUUUUCUCUGAAUUGUUGGCCGACAGUGUCUAUUACUAUGUUAGCAAGCACUCAUCCUGACUCAUGCAACACGAGGCGCAAGCGAGAAACUUGUGGAUAAAAACUGGGCAUCACUCCCCGAACUCUGUAUCUUCUGAACCUCUCUCGCACAAAUACCCGCGUCCAAGAUGUCUCCUCACAAGCUCACUUUCGUCACCGGCAACCGCAUGAAGCUCCAGGAAGUCCGAGCCAUCUUGGGAAACGCGGACAUCGACCUUGUAUCAAAGGAGCUCGACGUGCCAGAGAUUCAAGGGACUACAGAAGAGGUCGCCCGAGAAAAGUGCCGCAGAGCAGCAGAACUUCUACAGGGCCCAUGUAUCACCGAAGACACGGCCCUCUGUUUCGAGGCUCUAAACGGCCUUCCUGGUCCUUACAUUAAAUUUUUCAUAAAAGAGCUGGGUUUAGACGGCCUGAACACGCUGUUACAAGGUUUCCCGACGAACAAUGCAUGGGCACUUUGCACGUUCGCAUACAGCGACGGUCCAGGCACCGAGCCGAUUAUCUUUGAGGGGCGCGUAAACGGAAGGAUCGUCCCUCCACGGGGAGCUGAAAAGUUCGGCUGGAAUCCAAUCUUCGAGGUUGAAGGCACAGGAAAGACAUUCGCCGAGAUGACCGAAGAAGAGAAGAACAGCUGCUCACACCGCUACCGUGCGGUGAAUAUGCUCACCGCUUUCCUUCGGAAACAUAAACCAUGAGCGCAUGAGCAAUCGGCAGCCAGAUACCGCUGACACUUUUGCUACUUUGCUAUAGUCUUAGACUUAUAGAAUUAUGCGUAGAUUGUGAUAUGUAUCCAUCGUCACAGCCUUGAAGCAGCUCUCAGUGCGGCUGCCUGGUGAUCCGUAACGGACGUCAAGGUAUGUGCCCCUGAGUAUAGAAGCUUGCCUGUCGCCUUGUCGUAUACCUCUGCCCUCGCGCUCAGUACUCGUGUUCUGAUUGUGAGGGUGGUGGCUACUAUCUUCAGUGUCAUACCCAGCAGCGCCGGUGCGUGGUAGUUGACGUUCAAAGCCAGCGAUGCGCCUACCGCGUCCUUCCCCACUGCGGCACCCAGGAGGUACAAGACGUCGCCGGUACACAUUUCAAUGAAGUGCGCAGCACACGCACCAGAGACGGUGCGGCCUCCCCGAUUGAGCAUCUCUUCAAGUACUGGCACCUCGAAAAUUGCUUCCGCCUCGAGGGUAUGCGGACCAGCCGCAUCCUCUGGCCCGCUUUUCCUCCGGCUGAUGUUAGCCUCGACGAGCUUGAGGUGCCUCGCCUGCUCGUUUGCGAAGACGUUCGUGCCCCCGCCGCAGUAAUUUGAGAAUAUGUUCACGUUCAGCUGUUUGUCAUCGUCCGUGCAAUUUCCGCGGAUAGUGGAUACGUCUUCAUUUGGCGGGCCUGCCUUUGGGAAGGCACGGAGGCGAGCGAGGGGGUCUGCCAUGACUGGGCGC